CUGCGGCUCUCCAGGACCGAUGAUCGUCACCCCUGCUCUAUUGUCAUUGCUGUUGUUGAGAUUUUGACUAUCACAGUGCAUGUUUUUCUUAUAAAGAUAACGGGCAUGAUUUGUAGAUAAUAAUGAGUGCAUGUACUUUAUGUAAUAUCACGCAGUGUUGAGGCUUAAAAGAUGUCUGUGAUACAUCUGUGAAAAGUAUAGAUGCAGUUUAGACUGUGCUGUAAUCACUGAGACUCUUUAAAGACCUUGGCACAUGCAAUAACUUUUGUGAUGUGACUUUCUUGCUGGAAACCUUAUCAUGUGAUGUGUCUAUAGCGCAGCAUUAGGCUUGACUGACCUAGGUGGUAUUGGAAACAUAGUCCAGUGAAUCAUGCCACAACGUUCUUUAUCUAGGUAUUACUCCAGCUACCUGCUGUACCUUUGCUGCUGUACUCUGAAAACCCUAUAAAUGCAGUAAGCAUCUCUCACUGUGGCAUAUCAAAAAUAGCUUCUGUUUGUAUGUGGCCAGCAUCUAUAUUAGUUGUACGUUUGAGACAACAAAGACAAUUGCAGACUAAAAAUAGCACAUGAAUGAUUUUUAAAACUUGAACUUAGUCAUACUGAAGUGUUGAUACAAGGUUUUAUGUGUUAUGUAAAAGUAAAGAAGAGUUUAGUAGAUAGAUGAGAAGUUAAACUGUAUGGUUGUUUGGCUUCAAAAAUGUAAAGAUUCUAAAUUGUAACUUAUUUCCGUGUCAGGCAACUAAGUUUCCAUUUAAAAUAGAAACAUUUAGUUUGUUCUUAGUGUAUCAGCCUGCACCUCUUUGAUGUGAUAAAUGUCAUGCAAGUAAUGGAAAUUUUUUUGAAGUUGUAAUGAAGUGGUACUGUAUGUUGCCAGGAAGUCCUGUAUUAAAUAUCACAGACUACUGCUUGAAAUAAUAUGGUGUGUGAGGAUAUACAAGUGCAGAAAACUAUCUGUCUGGCACAACUAUAGUCAGAUUCAGAGAAGUCUGAAUGGAGUUAAAUGUAUACAGUUUUGUCAAUGUUGCCAUAGUUGCUGUUUUGACGUUGUAGGGCAUAUGCAUACGCAGCAUUACAUAUGGGUUAUGCCGCCUUAUUCAUCAACACAUUCAGGGGUGCUGCAUACCAGUUCAAUAAUCAAAGCAUUGCCCGCUGAUCUGAUUUGCAUCUUGUGAUUUUCUUUGCUGAGUAUUACUAAACUUCAUUGCAUAUUUCAGAAUAUUAUUAUUAGUUUUUAUUCAUAACUUUGCCUCAGAUUCCUUUGUAUUUUAUUUUUGUAUUACCAGAACAUCUUACUGAGAUGUGCAGAUCUUUCUCAGGGGAGACCCUUUCAAUCCUUCUCUUUCUCCCGUUUUCUCUCUUCCUUCCCUUCCCCCAAUGGGUUGAAUUCUCUUUUUUCUUUCUUUUUCACUUGUUCCCUUUAAUAGCCCCACAACACACAUUCAAACUGACUUAACUUUUCAUAUUCUGUUUUCUGAGUUUUUUUCCUCCAUCCUUGCCUACUGCUAUAAUUCUCUCUUUUCCCAUUUCUCUCUUUCUGUAUCUUUCUCUCUCUCUCUCUUUCCCCUCCCUUUCCUGUUCUCUUUAUCUCCUCCCCUCUCCCUCUAUUGCUCUCUCACCAUUUGCUCUCUCACAAUACUUCCCUCCCUCCCUCUCUCUCUCUCCUCUCUCUGGUAAAGGCUUCUCUUCUCCUCCCUUAUCCCUCCAUUUUCUCUUCUUUCAGAAUCCUUCUCUUUCUCAGCCAUUUUAUACGGAGGUGUAUCUACUAAUCUUAAAUCCAUUAAAAAUCAGUACUCACUCAAUAAUUGCAAAUUAUGCAGUAAGAUGUAAUUAUGUCCCACAGUUAUAAAUUAAUUUUAAUCACUUAUCAACAAUGGGACCCAUUCAUGAAACACAAACAGAAUGAAUUUGUGUGUGGAUGAAUGGUUCAUAAAAGCGUUCUUACAUAAAUUGUGACUUUGUAAGAAUAGCUUUACAAACAAUUCACACUGUUCUGCUUGUUUCCAUGAAUGUGAGUGCAUUGUCCACAUUCAUAAUUAUGUAUAUACAGCUAUUUAGAAUUAUACAAACUAAUUAAUGCAAACUGAUUGGCUGUGACUAUAUAGCAUAGCCUCUCAUACCUUUUUGCUUAUUUAAAUAUACAUCUUGUUAUUAGUGCUUUUUGUCCAUACCAAGUUUGUUUGUUAAAGUUGUGAUGUAACAAAAGUAGCAACAGAUCUUUUCUUCUGUAUUGUGAUGCACAUCCAAUUUCAUGACUUUAUUACAUUACAUGCUUUAUAUAUUUUACUGUUUUGUUUGUGUGUGAGAAUCAUUUAGACUGAAUUUGUGCACACUCACUUGGAAAGUAAGGCAUAUGAAUGUGAAGGCUUAUAAAGCUCAGAUGCAUCAUACCAGCUUGACACAGUUUUAAUGGAUACUCGUAUGUAAGACCAUAAAUGCACAUCACAUAGAGUCUGCUGAGCAUUAAAACAGAAAGACGUGCUGAACACCCGUUUCUCAGCGCGCAGGCCAAAAGGUCCUCGUCUGGCACAGACGCUCUCAGAUGCAUGCAUGCUCGCUCAUCCUCUGUUCUGUCAACCUGCCUAGACUGUGGUGGUGAAGCGUUGAUUUUAAGCUUUACAUAUCAAACCUGUCACUUCCUUUUUUUCAUCUGCUUAUGCAUUUCCGUUAUGUACUCCUUUUAAUCAGGACUGUUUUAUAGAAUUGUGUAUUCCCCUUUAUAUAUACUUUGUUGCAGCUUUCUGUUUUUACACUCUGUCAAGUGUGUCUAUUCUUUGUGUGCUUGCUGUGAUGUACAUGUAUCCGUAUAUGUUUAUGGCUGAGCUCAUAAUCUUUUCACAGCAUGAAUGUUUGUGUUUUCAAACAUGUUUCACAAGUGUAUGCAAGAGAGAAUGUCUGAGUGAGACAGUUGGAGAGAGUAUCAGGAAGGGACAGAGAGAGAGAGAGAGAGAAAGAACGAACGAAAGAAAAAAAGAAUGAAGAAGAGGGGGAGGGAGCGAGGGAAAAGAGCACUGUGUAUGUGUGUACACUUGCUUGCGCCAGAGAGAGAGAGAGAGAGAGAGAGAGAGAGAGAAAGACAGAAACAGAGAGAGAGGGGAGUGGGGGAGGGGAAAGCAGAGAGAGAAAUAGAGUGAGAGAAGAAAAAGAGAGCACACAUACACAGAGAACAGAGAGAGAGAGUACAAGAAACACAGAGGAGAGAGUGUCUGUUCUGGUACAGACAACAUAUAAUGUAUGAAGGGGAGGGCAGCGGGUGAAUUCGAACCUGUGACUCUGUCUCAGGAUGAGAUCUCUCAAACACCUGAAGCCACAGACCAAGAAAAAUGUGGAGGAGAAGACACAGCGGCUGGUCAGAUGUUAUUCUGAGGCCAUGCACCAGCAGAUGGAUGCAGGGACACAGACAGACCCUGUGGUGGUCCUGUCACUGGCCCAAGCUGCUGUGUUGGGACUCAUCUCCCAGAACGAGGUCUUUGGUGCCACCAUCGCCCCCAACGGCUUUUACACCGGAGACCCCAAAGAAUCCCCCGCUCCACCAGGUGAGAGAAUGGACUACGAGUACGCCGACCAGCUUAUAGGCGCCAACGGUGACUAUCUUGGGGAAAAUUUAGGCGAGGAUGGGCACAUGCAUUCCAGCUGUGCUGAGAGAAGGUGGCAGGGGCAACCCGAGAACAGCAAACCCCCUAUAGGGCACCAAGACAUGGCAUUGCACGUUAAAGGAGAGGCUGUGACUCCAGGUUUGCCCUCCUGCACUCACAUGAUGAACAACAUGGUGCCCAGAGAAGGCAUGCAAAUGGUCGACCCCUCCAGCUACAGGGUCCUGCCCAAAGUUCAACCCAACAACUGCUGCUCCACCUGUGUCCGAGACCCCAAGAGUACGCAUCCCGCACCCGAUCCACAUUUACACCCUCAUUCCCAUGGUCACAGCCACGCACCUCACGAGGUACCUUCACGCAACAGGGUCCACACACAUGAAAAAGGAGUAGAUGAGGUAACCGAGGACAGGGACAAUGGGAGAAAUGGCAUGGUGAAAGCAGGACCCGGUGGUGAGGAAAUUAGCAGCUACUUUCAGCCGAGCGAGGUCGCCUAUGAAGGUGGCGAGAUGGAAGGUGUCGGAGACUUCGAUGAGAACAGCGAGGGGAUGUUCUGGACAGAGCCAGUAGAAGGAGAGGCACCCCGCGGCCGCCGUAUCGACCGACUGGAUAUCAACAUCCAGAUCAACGAGUCGUACUGCGUGGACGUCGGCGAGGGCCUGAAGCGCUGGAAGUGCCGCAUGUGCGAGAAGUCGUACACUUCCAAGUACAAUCUGGUCACGCACAUCCUGGGCCACAAUGGCAUCAAGCCACACGCGUGUCCACACUGCGGCAAACUCUUCAAGCAGCCCAGCCACCUACAGACGCACCUGCUGACGCAUCAGGGCACGCGGCCACACAAGUGCACCGUGUGCAAGAAGGGCUUCACCCAGACCAGCCACCUGAAGCGGCACAUGCUGCAGCACACUGACGUUAAGCCCUACAGUUGCCGUUUUUGUCGCCGUGGCUUCGCAUACCCCAGUGAACUCCGUGCUCACGAGGUAAAGCACGAACGAGGUCGCUGCCACGUUUGCUCGCAGUGCGGCAUGGAGUUUCCCACCUAUGCCCACCUGAAGCGUCAUCAGGUGAGCCACCAAGGACCAUCCACCUUCCAGUGUAGCCAAUGCAACAAGUCCUUCGCCUACCGCAGCCAGCUGCAGAAUCACCUGCUGAAGCACCAAACGCAGCGCUCUUUCUCCUGCAGUCAGUGUGGCCUGCAGUUUCUUCAGCUUCAUCAGCUACGCCAACACUCCCUCACACACAAGACAAACAAGCCUCAGGCCCGUGCUACCAAGGGAACAAAGGGGUUUAAGUGUGACGUAUGUGCCCGAGAGUUUACAUUGUCUGCAAACCUGAAGAGGCACAUGUUAAUCCACGCCAGUGUCCGGCCAUUCCAGUGUCAUGUGUGCUUCAAAUCUUUUGUCCAGAAACAGACCCUUAAAACUCACAUGAUCGUACACCUGCCUGUGAAACCCUUCAAGUGCAAGGUGUGCGGAAAGUCAUUUAACCGAAUGUACAACCUUCUGGGCCAUAUGCACCUCCAUGCAGGCAGUAAACCCUUCAAGUGUGCAUACUGUUCGAGUAAAUUUAACCUGAAGGGAAAUCUUAGUAGGCACAUGAAGGUCAAACAUGGAAUGGAUGUCUCUCCAGAUGGGCAAGAUGGCCCACCAGACAUGGAGCCCCAUGAGGACUAUGAGGAUGAGAACUUCAGUUUUACAGCACCAGAGAAUAUGGAAAAUGAUGCGCCAAACCUAACUAAGCUCUCUGAGGUGGCCAUCCAGGAACUUGACUAUUAUAACUUUGGGAAGGAUGUGGGAAACUACAGCACAGCAUAAAAAAAAACUGUUUGAAUUUAAGUUAAGCUGCAUAAAUAUUAAGUAACAAAUGGCCUGUGCUGGCACUUAUCAACCAUGAGUUGAUUGAGAUGUUCCUCCAUGAGAACCACUGCUCACCUUUUUGCAGUUGUUAAUGAGCAGGUAGUUGGAGGCCAUCUUGACCUCCUGGGGUUGAUCUCAUGGGGUAGGACACUCCAGAUCUGUCUCUAAUGAAACGGACCUAUAGUUUUGCAAAGUCCUUUGACUCCUUCCAGCUCAAACAAACAUUGAUGCUAUAUUUUUAGUAUGUUGUGGAUCACAUGAUUAUGUUAAUACCCAAUACAUUAGCAUCAUAAAAUGCAGGUGCUUACACAUGCAGUCUUGUGUUAAGUAAUACACGCCAUCCUCCAAAUAUAAUUUUGGUUGGGAAUAGCAGGUGCAUGCAGCCUUGUUGCCUUCAUCAGUUUGGUACCUCAGAGCAGUCUUUUAACUUAUUUUCAAUUAUACUGCCUUCAUUUACAGUAUCUCUUAGAGACUUAAAAAAAACCCACCACAUGUAAGGCACAUGUAAAUGGUUGGAUAUCUGCAUGAGAUAGGCUUCUGUGGGUAAAAAAAUAAAAAUAAAUAAAGAGUGAGUGCGUGCCUGGGCCCAGUGUACCAAAGCUACUGCUCUUCGUCUGGUACAGGACCAUAUGCUGCCCAUUCCUGAGCACCACUACUGUUGCCAGAACUAAGCUUCAUCUAAAGUUGGGUUUAACAACCUCUGAGUGGAGAAUUACUAUUCCGUUGUAUUGAUUUGCUAUUUAUUUUGCACUUUGAAAAGCCAAUUAAUUACUUAUAAUGAGCCUAUUUCAUCACUGACUGUUUGAGUUCUGGUAUAACUAAAAGAGAUAAAGCCUGUGUCACAUUCAUAGUAGGUUGUUUCUCAAGGCAACUCUGUAGAUUCUUAAAUAAACUUGUUUUUUGAAGUUAUUUUUUGUAAGUAUUUGUAUUGAAAUGAAUAAUUAAAUGGACAAUGUUCUCAACUGA